AUGAGCGCAUAAUUAGGAUUUAACAAUUAACACAUUUAAUUGGCGAAAAAAAUUUUAUUUUCAUAAAUUCCUUAUGAUUUGAGUUCAAGUAUGUUUUCAACAUUAAGCGCUAGAAGUGCUUUAAGUGGAUUAAUAAACUUUGCAAUUCCCACGAGAGUAAGUGAGGGCAUUACAAACUAUAGUUCCUAGAAAUGCACUUGCACCAGAAACAUUGUAAAAUUACAUACUCUCUGA